GAUACAAUCAUCACUGAUAAGUGUGAUACACUGGCCAAAGAUGAGCUUUUUGUUCAAAUGGCACAACAGCUUCUGGAGGCACUCCAAGCUUCUACAGUUCUCGAGGAUGGGACAUUUAAUGACUCUGCAUUUGAGCAUUUUGCUCUGGUUAUGAGAAUAUGGAGAAUUAAGGUGUUCAAUUCCCAGAUUUGCCAAAUGCUUUGCAAG